GCUCAGAAAUCACUGCUGCAGUAACCAACCUUUUCGACCAAAAUUUUCUAAAGAGGUAACAUUUUGGGAUAUAAAAUCAAUAAAUUUGAAAGGUAUUAAACUGUCUUUUCAUAUACUCUACAGUUUUAAUUAAUUUUUAUACUAAACAGAAGAUUUUAAAAAUAUAUUUUCAUUUACAAUGAACAAACACAAAAAUGUAUAUUUUGAUCACCCCUUUUACAUGUGUAUUUUGAAGGGAGCAUUAACAAUAGAAGAUUGUACUUCAUUCUUACAUUUAUAGUCAGUGACAGUAGUCAACUAUGGAGUGGUUAUGUGUAUUACUGUCCAUCGAUGACAGUUCUAUGACAUCUAUUAAAACUGAUAUACUAAUAAACAUUAAACCAUGAGUGACACAACAAAAAUUGAAUGCUAUCCUUAUAUAAGAACCAAAUAAAGUGUUUAAUAACAAAAUGAAUAAUAGUUCUUGAUUUUAUAAUUAUAAGAAAAAUAUCACAAUGGAGGAGAAUGAGCUGUAUAAUGCUACAGUUCCAUCUUUGUCUGGAAUUGAACCAGCUUUCUGGAAUUAUUCCGAUCAUGUCAUCCUCGAUGAUCUUAAGAUGGAUAGUAGUUUUAUAUAUUUACUUUGCUCAUUAGUAUCUGCUACUGCUUGGAUUAUUUAUAUAGCUUAUUAUAAUAGCAGAGUCAUCGGUUACAUAUUAACAAAAUUAUUAAAUCGAUUUGUUAUUAGAGAUGGGUAUGUUAAAGUAGGCUCUUUUACUCUAAGUGUAUUAAGCGGGAAAAUAAUGUUUAGAGAUAUAGUUUAUAUUACAACAGAUUAUAGUAUCAGAGUUCAGGAUGGAUGGCUUAUAUUUAGAUGGUGGAGGAGUUAUGUUCCCAAAGAUGUAUCUGAAGAUCUAUCACAUUCCGAUACUCGAUUAUCAGUCAUGUUAAAUGGCUUUGAAUUACAUGUUUACAAUCGCUGUCAACUGUAUGCACAAUUAGAAAAAUCAUUUGGUCUUACACCCCAAAUGUUUCCUGAUGAAGAAGAUUAUACUGUUAAUAUCGAUGAUCGUGAUACAGAAUCAUUUAAGAAAACUGCUAAUGAAACUCGCCAACAAAUAAAUGCAAUGGAUGUUUCCCGUCAUGUUGAUAAUAUUAGAAAAAAGGAAGCUCACGUUAUAGCUCGAACUUGGAGAGAUUUAAUACCUGUUAUUAAAUUAGAUGUCUGCACGGGAAGAUUAGUAUUUGGUAAUCGAUUGGUUCCAACAACUUUAUCGAUAACUGUAGAAGAAGCACAUUUUGUAUAUUCUACAAAACCAGCAGCAUCCCGACAUGAUCAUUUCAUGCACUUUACAAAGUGUAAAGCAGAAAAUUUCAAAGUCAUUUUAGCACCUAGCCCAAAAUAUACUGGUAUGGUGGAUGAUCCCCCUAGAUACAUGGGAGAAGGAUUUGUUGUAUUGAGCUCGAACAAUAUGGAAGUUUAUUACUAUAUGGAUGAACCUGGAUUUGUUCCUGAACAUCCAGAAAUGAUUCAGUUAGUAAAUGGAGAUAUGGUAGAGGCUAUGCCACCAAUUUGGGGUAUUGAUAUUAAGUGUGGAAAAGGUACAGAUUUCAGUUAUGGACCUUGGGCAGAUAGACAAAGAGAACACUUAUUUAAGUUCUUUUUCCCAAAUGAUUAUCAGCCAUUGAAAGUUACAAAACCUCCUGUGACUGGAGAAAAAAGACAAGUCCAGUCAUUUGAUAUUAGAUUAUCAACAUUAAAUGAAGCCACAAUUGACAUACUCUUUAGUAAGAAUACUGAAACGAAUGCUGUUCAUAUUAAUGUAGGACCUGGUUCAUAUCUGGAAAUUACUAUGCCAUGGAUAGUUUUACAAGAUGGAUAUACCACGAAAAUAACAGGUCAAUUGUUGCAUUUAGAAGCAACUACAAGUUUACAAUAUCGAAGUUUAGUUGAAAGUGAAACGUUAGAAUUUGGUAUUAAAUGUCAUUAUCCGAUAAGAUGGAAUGAUCAUCAGGAAUGGACACUGAAUUUAACUGGAUGCAAAGCCACUGCUAACUUAGUUUAUUCGCACAAAGAAUUUUUUCAGGAUAUGAUUAAUGAUUGGGCCAGUAAAGCCAGACCUGAUAUUUUACAUUUUGUACCUUAUACGUGGAAGUUUAAUUUAGUAUUAAAGGAAUUUGAAUUAAUCACGUUAUGUAAUGAAUAUAAUUGGAUCGAUUGUUCAUCGCAGAAUCAAGAAAAUGCGCACAUAGCUUUUUGUGGAGAAUUCUUUGAGCUAUCAUUCGAUCUCCCAUUUGUCGACUAUCUGCCCGUUACGAUACCUUUACGUUUUUGGAUUCAAGGUGAAAGCGUUGACCUUUCCUUUUACUUACCCGAAGUCAACACAAAUCAUACGAUUCUGUUAGCUUUGCAUAAAAAUGCAAAGAUUAUGACACGUGAUGGAUCACACAUAUAUUUAUCAGAAUUAAGUAAAAAUAAGAAAUGGAGAAAUGUUUGUCAGAAGGGUGCAGGUUGGGUUGACUGUUGGUCUGUACCAAUUGUGGCAUUAAGUAUUAAUUAUACAUAUCAUCUGUGUCCACCUCUAGGACCUACCCCACAAGCAAAUAUCACAACACCAGAGAAAGAAGAAAUUCUUUUAUCCCCAAUGAGGAUACCUCGAUGUAGAAAAUCACCUGGUCUUCAAUGGACAACAAAUGGUAGCCAGAAAUUUGAUCCACAAUCUAUAGCUCCUGACAAAGUUAGUUUAGAUCUCGAAAUAGGCCCAUCCAUAUUGUUUUUAUAUGGGUCAUUGUUAAAAAAUUUUAUACAUUUAAAAGAGAACUUAUUCGGUGAUUAUCAAACGUUUACUGACAUGCAGCAAAGUAGAACGAAUCCUACAUCUACGACUACAGAGAGAAGUAAAGACAGAGAUGUACAGAAUAGCAGUAUUGAAUCUGUAGAUGAUGAAGAUGCAAAAUCAAAGUCAUUUGAUCCUAGAGAUUAUAGACCACUGGAAGUAGUUGUUGGAAUCACCAUGCACGAUAUACAAGCCCAUCUAAUUAAAAAUUGCGGUGAAAAUGAUCCUCCUUGUCCCGUUAUACUUCUUGAACGAUUCGGAUUUGAAAUGAAAAAACGAUAUAGAGAAACUGAACUUCAGUUACUUCUCUCGCCUGCUAUUGCGUUGCUCACUGAUAAUGUGGUACGGUCAAACAAAGAACGUCACUUGAAUCAAGGACAUUUAAUGUUAAGUGCAUUGCAAGUUAGAGGGCAUGCAAUGUUCAGUAACGAAGGAAGAAGUUUAGAUCAAGAAACAUUGGAAUAUGCAUGGUUAAUUGAAGUACAAUUGGGUAAAUUAACUGGAAAAAUGACUUCUCCACAGUUGCAUCAUCUUAUUACAUCUCUGGAAACAUUUUUACUAAUGGUAAAAAAUAAUGAAAAUACUUUACGCCCUCCUGAUUUGCCGCAUCAUUGUCAUCAUGGUAUUCCUCCCUUAGAAUGCCCUGAUAGCGACAUUGAUAAACACUAUAGAUGUCCUAGUUCUGAAGAUAUAAAAUAUAGAAUGACCAGAAUAGCGAUAGAUGCAGUUGAUUUACAUUUUCAAGAGGUAGGAACAGCCGUACAUCUUUGGAUAUCUCCGAUUCGUAUUUCCACGUGUAAUCUUCAUGGUCAACAUGUUAAAUCUGGUGUAACUAGUAUAUUACCUAGAACAGUAGUUCGACAGUUUGUGUCAGCAGCUGAUCACUUUGCAAAUACAAGUAAUACUAAUACAACAGGCAGUGGGAGAUCACACAAUAAUGCAAGCAGUCGUAUGUCAGGUGAUGGUUCUGAUGUCUGGUUAGAAGUAGGAUCAGUAGCUUUAGGUCCAGUUAUUUUAGAAGCAGCAAUUUCACUUCCAACUCCCGAACAUAAUUUACAUUUAGUACAAAAUAAAUAUUUAAAAUUACAUGAUGAAGCCACAAAACGUUUAUGGUUUUUAUGGCCUCAAGAAAGUGGCGUAAAGCCAGCAAAAUGUGGUUGCAUAGGUGGUUGUGCAUUUUUUGGAAAUAAUCGAAAUGGGCCGAGAUUUUUUAAACCAAGUUAUCAUGAUUUCCAAGAUGGUAUUAACGUUGCUGCGUAUAGAAUUAAUGAACCUGGAAAGGAAAAAGGUUUCGGACAGUCCAUUUUACAUGAUGGUCAACUGGUAUUCCAUACUUCGCCUUAUAACUUGAAAGAUGUGUCUUUACAAGAUUAUCCGGUUGUAGGAGUAAAACUAACUGCUACACAGGAUGGAUCGCACACUUCGAAAAAAGGUGUUGAACGUCCAAGGUCUGUGGCAGAGCAUAAUAAAGAUUCCGGUAUCGAAGAAAAUAGUAGUACAAAAUUUAUUACUGCAUCAGCAAGUCCAUUCGCAUGCAGUGGGGAACGGAAACUGCUGGGCAGAAGAUUUUCUUAUACAUCAAUGCGUGGAAGCAGCGUAAGAGAUGUUCCAUACUCUCGGUUAGUUGAUGCAAGUCCUGUUGCACAUCUACCUCAGAAGUUAGAUUCAGAUUCUAAAUUACACACGGAACGCAGUAAAUCCAUCUUAAGUGUUCCUGAAAUUGAAGCUGCUCCUAAGAGUAGUGUAUCUGAUUCUAAAUUAGCGGUAGAUUAUUUCAAUGCAUCAGACGUGGAACCAUUCGAACCUAACAGUCCACAAUCAUUACCAGUUGUGUCUACUGACACGAAUUAUUCUGAGUCAUUGCAAAUAGCUACAAAAACGGUUGAUAGUAUUAACAUUUCUGAUUCUCAUCACUCAUUGUAUGUGAACUCAGAGUCUGAAGAAAGAGUAAAGCAAGAGGUUCAACGAACAAUAUCUAUGUCUUCGGAAAACCAUUCAGAAGCAUUCUAUUCCGCUGAUGAAGAUACCAGUCAUGGUUUAAGCGGAAGUCGUACAUCUAGUUUACGCCAAUCUAUCAUUGGAUCUGGUUCGGUAUUAACACGAAAUGAUAGCAUGAAAAAGAAGUAUUCGUCAGAUCUGUCUAUCGUAGAAAGUUCCGCGAAUGUAAAUGUCCCUGUGUCUGAAAAAGCACACACUUUAGAAAGAGCCAAACCGCAAACGACAAGCACGAAACGCAGUCCCAGAGUUAAUCGAAAUACUAGUUUCCAAAACGACACUGAUUCAACCGGGCACAGUAUAUUACGUGACUCAUCCGACAGCCAUUCUGUUUCUUCCACAAGUUUUAUUUCCGCUGUAUCUUCGCAAGAAGAUGUUACCCUCGUAAAUUUACAUAUGCAAAUAAAUAAACCAAUCGUUGAUUCUCCAUUGCUGAUGUCAAGUUACGUUAGUCAUUUAACUCAGGUGCGUUGUUCAAAUUGGAGCCAAUCGUCAAUACCUGCUGGAAGCGGUGCAUUUACUACACCACUUUUCCAACCUACUGAGGAUGGUAGAUUAGUUUAUGUUGGCGUUAAAUAUGUACCGAAAUUCGAAACUAUCGCUGAAGGGUUUACAUCCUUGAAAAUGAUCACUCGAUCAGAUGGUUCACCUACAGCUGGUUCGUCUAAUAAAACACCCACACACCCGUAUCUUUGGGAUAGUUCAACUAUAAGUCAAAUGGAAGGUGAACAAGAUCAUACGACCCACAACGAAGAAGAAUUGUUAGCAGCACAGCACGAGAGUGGAUCGCGUACAACAGUAAUUGUAAAAUUUAAGGGAGAUGUAGAUAUUAUGUUAACUCCUAUGGUGCUAGAAUCUUUGCAACGUUUCAUCGAUGCAAUCAUACCAACAUUAGCCGCACUACACCCGUUAUCUAUUUUAAAUCAUCUUCAUCAUGAAUGUAUUGGUAAAGUUGAAGACGCCAAUAUUUUAAAACAGGAUCAAAGUUUAUCAUAUUGGAGUCAGGUGCAAACUAGCUCAAAAAGAUCUACUGCUGAAAGAAAUGUUAAAAAUGGACAGGGUGACGAUAAACGUAAAGUUGCACUACAAACUAAUCUGUAUGAAGAAAGUAUUAUGACUCAAGUACAAGGCAGUAUUAUUUUACCAAAAAUGAACAUAACAUUAUUACAAGCUUCUGUUGUUGAAGAAAUCAUAUCAUUCUCUGCUCUCGAGAAUAUUCGUGAUUUAACAUGCGUGUCAUUAUUUGCUAUAUGUUUCGACGAUGUCACAGGAAUAUUUUAUAUUGGAAAACAAGCUCGAGAAGUCGUUCAAACAUUUCAUAAGCCAGCUGUAUUAACAAAUCAGAAAAAAGUUAAUAAAAUUAGCAAAGCAUUUUUACCUGGCCAUCAAACAGCUGCUGUAGUAGCGGAUAUUGGCAGUGGAGAAACAGUUUACAUAGAAACUUCGGAAAAACAACAAGAAGAAAUUGUUGUUACAUUGAAUAUAGGCAAAGCUCAUUCUCAAUUACGUAGGCUUCGAAAUGAAUCUUCAAUUUUGAAAGAUGCUGUUAUAACAGCAAUCCCUGCUCAUUAUUCAAGAGUACUAUUUACGUGUACUAGAAUAACUUCUCCAUUAAAGUGUGUCGACUAUUAUAUGCAUCAGUUCAUGGAUGAUAAAGAUAAAAGUAAACAUAGCGGACCUCCACAAGCUACGGAAGAAUUUACUUUGGGAAGUGGCGAAGACAGAUUAGGUUUUAUAAUGUUUGAAUGUGGAUUAGAAGGUGUUAAACUUAAAGUAGUAAAGAGGUCACAAUUUGAAAAAGGAGAAAAUGGAGGUGAUAGUAAAAAGGCAGACACUGAAGUGUUUUAUACGGAUAGCGUAAAAAGUCAAGAAGAAUUAGAUAACACAGCUGCAUCUACUGCAACUGCAGCUGAACCAGAAACAGCAUCAACGAAUUUACCUAAUGGGGUUCAAAUAAAUACCAGUGCUACAUGUGCUAGUCUCGCAUCAAAAGCAGGGAAUGGAAAUACAGUUUCCUGUGUUAUAGAAUUAAAAACAGUAUGGUUCAACUUCGCUGCUCCACCACGUACUCCAAUAACCAGAAAAAUUGAUUAUACUCGAUUAGAUUGGAAUUUAUUGAGUACUGCAUCACCAGCCAUAAAUGCUUGGAUGAAUCCUAGUAAUAAAUUCGCAAUGCGAAUAGUACACAUGUUUAGGACUAUGUACAGAAGAUCAACGGCUAUUGUUGCUUGCCUUAUGGCAGAGGCAUUAGAUGUACAGGCAAUUCAUAUGCCUGCUAAGAGUCGUUAUGGAAGAUUGACUCCAUUAGCAAAAACAUUACAAGAAGAUCCAUCAUGUCAAUUAUGUACAAUUUUACAAAAUUAUGUUCUAUUAAACGAUCUAAUAAAUAUUGAGGCUAAUUUAAAAGAAUCGCAUUUGCCUCUAUUAUCAACACUUCGCCAGGGUGUAAUAGUACUGAGUAGACAAUGGAAAAACGUUCUCUAUACACCAUUGUUAUUGGAACAUAAUUAUAAAACAAAACAUGUAAAACCAUUGAAUGUAACAUUUGCUGUAUCAGAUCCAGAAGAGGAGAAUUUGCUGACAGACGGUGAGGGUAGUGCAGGAGAAGUUGAUGAUCAGGAAGUCACAGAUGAAUGUGCUAUGUUAAUUCAUACGGACCACAUGCAUAAACAUAUACAUGUCAAGAGUGGACAAGAUAAGACUACAGGUAUUUGUGGUGAUGGUUUGACGGUUCCUGUAAGUUCUCCUCGGGGGAAAGAUACAACCCCCAUAGCAACACCGGUUCCAGGCCCGGAUUCAUUAACCUCCCCCUCUCCACCAGUAGUUCAUCCAAAGAAAGGAAAAUCACUACAACCCACGCAAGUGCCUGCUAGUACACGAGCAAGUAUUGUUUUUCCAUUGCUUGCAAGUGGCGGGUUAUUCAAUCAAACUCGGGAACCAAGUAACAUAAGCUAUGGCACUCUCAGAGAGGAAAAGACACCACAAAUUCACAUUUCCCAUUCCCAUCAACUGGGUUCCAAUCCAAGUAUCUAUUCUGGUGGAGGUCACGGUAGUCAACAUAGUACUGGAAGUUUGGAUCAAGUGACUUCUCCAACAAGUCAUCACUCUAUUAAACCCUUAAAUACAGGUGAAGAUCUGUACAGUUGGAUGGCAAAACAACAAGAGUUUAUAAAGGAUAACGACAAAAGCAAUUUAAAAGGAAACUGGGUCUUUCGAGCAGAACAAAAGUCUUUGAAGGAUUCUAAAAUUAACACAAUGACAACGGAUGAUACAGAAGACUCUGAUGUUCAUAGUGGCACUCUUCUUUAUCCAAUGAAAGAUUCACUCAGAUUGCUAGAUGCACAUUUAAUUUUUGAGCCACUUUUGUCUUCCUUAUCUGUUAUGCCACAACAAAUGUUGUCUGCUAUUGGUUCAGGAAAUGUGAACAAUGUGUCUUCCUUAGAUUCAUUAGGGUCAAAUUUGUCGCUAGUGGGAAGUAUGGAAACUAUGCGUAUCGACAUAGUUGUUAGUGAAUUUGGGAAGAUAACAGAUAAGAAGAAAGGUAACAAAUACCAAAUAAAAAAAGGGAACAACUCGAAAUUCCAUUUGGAUAUACCACCAGAAACUCCAGCAUUUUUAUGUGAGAAGAUUGGUAUUGAUAUAGAUGUUAAGAAAAUGGCUGAUAUGACUGUAGAUGAUAUGAUUCAAAAGCAAACUGUUUUAUACAUAUCUCGGGGCCAAUUGAAAAAGCAUACAAGUACAGUUGUGAAUUUUAGUUUAAAUAUACGAUAUAUUAGCCAACAAGUAAAUAUGCCUCUUCUCAGAUUAUUACAUCAGAUUAGUAAUAUGUAUCAGAAUGUUAAGGAAACCCAAAUGGAGUUAAAAGAACAGCAACCAGAAAGUAAACGAAAUAAUGCUUUAAUUGUUAAUGAUGUGGUAACUAAGAAUGGUUCAUCAUCAACAUCCGAUUUACAAGAUCAGCUUCUGUUAGGUGGCAAAAAAAUGGAUAUUCCUUUACUCCGUAGUAAUAUGGAAUCAAAUUCGUCCAAAGUUACAUCACCUGGUACGAAUAAUCGAUCUCGUCCACAAAGUUUUGCUCAAAAAUUACGCAGUACCGGAAAAAGUGUCAAAGGUUACAUUAAUUUGAGCGAAGGUGUAAUUACUCCUAACUUUGGAGCAAGUCCUAGUGGGUCUGGUUUAGAUAAAUUUUGCGUACUUCCUGAUAAAUGCAAAGAUACAACAUACAUGACACCUCGAUGUUGGAAAACAAUUUACUACUUGUUAGAUCUAUAUGCUACUCGUCCAGAGACUAAAACUAUCACGCAUCGUUUUUCCAUACCAGCAGACACAUCGGAACACUAUAAUAAAGGUGGUCAAAAGUAUGAGCUUCUUAAUGAAAUCAAAGAUGCGGACAUAGAAAAAGGUUUAAAUGCUGAAAAUAGCUCGACACCUGUACCACUUCCACGAGAAUUGAAUAUUGUCACAGGAGAACGUACAAGAUUAGUUAUCUUUGGCGUUGCUAGAAUACACAGAACUAGAUGGUUGGCUACUCUCAGUGGUUUAAAACUUGAAGCCGAAAUAACAAGUCUUCAGGCGAGUCUAACAUGCUGCAAAAAAUCGAGGCCAGCAAAUUUUGAAUGUAGUUUAACUGGACAAAUCGGUAGAACAAUGAUUGUCUUAUUAGAAGGUGUUGCCCCUAGCCAACAGACAGUUGUGAAAGUAACUGUAGGGAAAUCACAGGCUUUGUAUUCUAGUAUCAGCAAGCAUCAGAAGGAUAAAAACAGUGGUUUGUUAACUGUUGGUGUUGUGAAUAUUGACAUUCCUCAACAUCCGGUAGCUCUGCAUGGUAUGAUGACUAGGGGCAGUAAACAGUUGUCAUCGACAUUACAAGAACUCAGAGUAACAAGGACAUCUUCAAGAAUGUCUAGAGGUCAACAGCAGGAUGAUGUGGAUACAGGUGUACCUGGUAGUCCACAUCAAUAUGCUCCAGCUCCACAAGUUGACGUACAAAAACCACAAGUUGUGUCUAGUCUACUAGAACCAAUUGUUAUGCAGUUUAAUAUUAUACUUCAAAGUUUGAGUAUAACAGCAGCUCUGCUACCAUCUUUGCAAGCACAGUACAAAAUGGAUCAAGUCACUAGUUCUGGUGUAACUGGUAGUAAAGCUAAGUUUACAAUAGACUUACCUCAUCAUACUUUAAGUUUUACGACGAAGCUUCAAGUGACAGAAGCAAAUUUACCUUCCGAAGCUAGUAUCGAACUUCCUAAAGUACACGUAUCCGCGGAAUAUGUUCAGGAUGGUAGUAAUAAUAUGAAUGAUAGUAAAUUGGCUGAUGGCGUAAUAUUGAGACAGGGUAGCUACCUUAGUGCUACUGCCGACAUUGGUGUAUUUGAACAUUCUUUAAGUACAGAUCUUCUUAAUCAUUUAGUAUUUGUUCAGAAAGUGUUUAUGAAGGAAGUAAAUGAAGUUGUGCAGAAAGUAUAUGGUGGAGAGAAACCCGUUCCUUUAUGGUUGGAAGAUGAAGAACCAACUAAUUCACCCGUGAAGAGAAUAUUAUUCUCUUUAAUUAUUCGUAUUAAAAGAAUACAACUGACUGCAACAACUCCAACGAAUUCAGCAGUGCGUUUGGAAACUGGAGCUGUCGAACUUCAAUUAUCCAAUAGAGUACAAAAUAUCGUUGGUGCUACUCAACCAAACCCAUAUAUGAAGCUAUUUGGAAAGGCACAAGUUGACAUUAAUUUAAGUCUCGGACAAUUGUUGAAAAAUGUUUUAUUUGAAGAGGCGGAAACGGAAUUCCAACAAUUUGCAUUUUUCAAUACUAGAGUAGGAUUACGGAAUGCUUUUCAAGAUGAAAUGGCACAAGGCGAAGAUAAGGAAGUAGUAUUAAUUACAUUAAAACGCCCGUUGAUUUAUGUCCAACCGGUGGCCAUCGAUAAAGCCAUACUUGUUUGGUUGAAUUAUAAAAACGCGUACGAGUACUGGAACGAAAAGAGAGCUAACUUAAAUAAAGAGGUUCUAACAGCUACACAGCAAGUGUUAGAAAAAGUACCAUUCGGUCAGAUAACAAGUCAACUUAGUGCGCCUCAUUUGGGGACAUUAUUUUUGCAACUGACUGUAGAUGAUAUGGGCAUUUGUGUUCCACUUAAUCCUUUACCACCUACUUGGGGUAUGAAUAGAGGACUUUAUGAUGGCGAGUCAAGAGAUGCUGUUGUAGUGACUUUGGAGAAUACAAGCAUUUCUGCAUGUAGCAGUGGCAGCUUAGUUAGUAAAGCAAGGUUUAUGGGCUUAUGCCUAAGAUUUGCUGAAGACUUUGAAACUUCUUUGGAUGAUUGGAAACCAGACACAACGGACAGUAGCAUAAUGAAUUUGUGUAUGGUAUCUGAAGGCACUUACGAAGUGUGCAGUAGAACGAUUGCACAAAAGCCAGACAAAUCUGAUAAUGCUAAGUGGAUUUUAAACGUACAAUGGCAAAUGGAAGGCGUUGAUAUUCAUUUAGAUGUUAGCGUCGGACAACAAUUAUCAGCUCUUGGACAUACUUUAACAAUGUUAACUGGUUCUGAAGAAGAUGACAUUCAUGUUCCUGCAGAGUAUGAUAGCGAUGACGUGGAUCAACCAGAGAAUAGUACUAGCCAGGUUAAAAAAAAAGAAAGUAUAUUAAUGAAGAAGUCCAAGAAUUGGACGGAUAGUUUACCAGCGUUUGUUUUUGAUCCAACUCUUGACGCGAAGAAAAGAUCAAAACUUAUCGAGAAAGAAAUGAACGAACAAGCAAAGAUUAUAAAUGAUCUGCGGUCGCUAGGUGCUUCUCACGGAACUAUAGAACAAGAAAUGAAACGUUUGCACGAAUUAGAAGCUGUAGUAUUUAAAGAUUUCAGAAGAGACAUGAUUCAAAAAUUACGAAGACAAUCAGUUAAAGCGUCUGGAAUAAAAGGUAAAUUAGGGCUUGGUGGUAAACCAAACACAUACCGGUCACGGUCAUUUAUCGUACCGUCACCGACACUUGAAAAUCAGCUAGAAAGUCCUGAGGAUAUGAACAUAGAUGUCAAUUCAACCAACUCUGCCAGUUACGAAAGUAGUCCUAGGAGUGGUCCAAGUCGAUCUGCUUCUCUUCGAGUAAGAGGACUUACCGGACCACGAGUUACAUUUAGCGAUACUCAUACAAUGGGAAGACAAUCGUCAUUGCCAAGUGCUGGAUCAGAAUUAAGUUUACCAGAAGGAGAAUUAGAUUGGCCACAAACUAUUGAUAUAGAAGGAGAAAGGGUUGAAUUGAGAAAGAAGAGUAGGGAUAUCAGUUGCACUUCAAGUUACGAUAGUAUGGAGGGAAACGUUCCACUACUUGAUUCAUUGACGAAAGAGCAAUCUUCUUCAACAUCGUCACCGUAUAUAACACCUCAGAAACCUCAAGAUCCUAAUAUAGACUUCGAACUCGAUGUAAAAGUUCUGAUUAAUAGUGGCAAAUGUGUACUUCACACGAAAGAUCCAGGAAAGGAGGAUGAAAUUAAAACUAUGACUAAAAUGAAAAAAGAGCGAUCAUGUUCAGGAGGCACGUUCGAGUUUCAACCAAGCAGCCCUAGUAGUAGUAGAAAACAUUUAAGUAGCAAAGAAAAAUCAUCUACUACAAGUACAUCUCGAUUACGGUAUUUACAACAUACGAACGUGCCCCUAGUGGACUUGACUAUUUUUCAUAUUCCUGGUUUAGAUGUGAAGGUGCACUAUGAAUCUAAAACACUUCCCGAAGAAUCUGUGUCUCCCCGCGUUUCAUCCGACAAUGGCAUGCUUAAUCCUACACCAACAACGACGGCGUUUAGAAAAUCCAGCACGAAGAAAGCUAGUUUAUUCGCCUGGAUGACACUUCAAAGUAUACCAGAGGAAACUAUAAUAAGCCCGCAUAUUCUUGAAUUCUUGGAGCAAACGUUAGAACCGAUACCAUGUAAAACAAACUUCCAAAAUAAUGCACAAACAAACCCCGUAUUUCCAACGGAGAAUACGGAAAGCACAUCUUGGGCAGCCACUGCAGCAAGCAGCAGCAAUUAUGUUUAUGCAAGUUUUCCAGUUGAUGUAAUAGUAUAUUUUCAUAUGCAGCCCUCUACUUUUAGAUUUUCCUGCUUACCACUUUCUCGCGUAGAAUGUAUGCUUCAAUUGCCGUCCCUUGACAUAAUUUUUUCGUCCAAGCGAGCAGAAGAAGAGCUCAUAGAAUUUCGAGAGUACAAAUCACCAGGCACACAGUCCACUGGAAAAGAAUCAAGUUCAGCUAUUGGUGGAUUAUCCGUCACCGGUUGUCUCGCUGAUUUUUCCAUUUAUAUCUUCCAUCCAUAUGGUGGUGGGAAAAAAGCAGGCUUGAAAGAAGCUCAGUGGUCACCACUAUCAGAUAGUGAGAGGAAGGAUUCUUUAAGUAUCAAUGUUGAGUUUGUGAAAUUUCAUAUUGCAAGAAGUAGAAAGUUAAAUUUUCAAAGUGAGUCAUCGAAGAAAAUGUUAGACACUAGUCGAGCAGUUAUACGAUUUUCUACAAUUGUUGAUAUUGGAUCUGCCUCAUUUAAGUAUGAUAUGCGAAAAUUAAGUGAAAUUUUGGUCUUUCCGAAUGCAUGGUAUAGACGCAGUAUAGUACGGCGAUUAUUUUUGGGUGACUUAAGCUCAGGUACAGCAUACUCUGAAGGUGAUGGUAGCCCUUCUUUAAAUCAAGAAGAAGCUGUUAUGGGAAGUUCUUUAUUAAAGCAUUAUGAACGACAUGGCACCGAUGGUUUAUCAAAAAGUGCACCAGAACGAAGUCCUACAUUAAACAGAGAUAAGCUAAGAUUAAGUUUAGAAAGUGAUAUGCCAAGACACGCGCGAUUAAAAGAUAUUGGUAGAGGGUGGAGUUUUACUUCAGAUAAACAAACGCCAUCAGAAGUAAAAUUAAGAGAAUCUGCGUGGGAAACAUUAGUAUUAUUUGCUAUAAAUUUCACUCGUCUGAAUGUUCACAUGAAUAUGAGUAAUGUGAUGGGCAACGUUACAUGGAUGACAAAGGAUUUUAGGUCUGAUGGAAGACUCUCCAUUGGUAGUACCGGACAUAAAAAUUUGUAUAUAGGCGUUGGUUUGGAGGGUUCCAGUUUAGAUGCAAAGGGUGGUAUUGUGGCUGGCACCAUAGAAUUGAGUAAAAUCGAUACAUGCAUACGUAUUCGGGAAGAACCUGGAAUAGAACCUGAUCAUACUCUAGGCUUGAAAUUAUUUGCAUUGGAAUUGAGAUUGGAUUAUAUGGGAAUUAGCAUGCUAAUGUGUAGAGUUUCUUCGUUGGAUGUAACAUUAAACGACGAAUGGAAAAUUAGUCGAAGUAAUAAUGGAGAGACAUUUAUGCCAACAAGAAGACCAGCAACAAUCUUCAUACAUGGCGAUUUAGGAUGGGAUCAAUUACAAAUAAUGAUAAGUAAAUCGACAACAGCGGAUUUACUAAAAAUGUAUUAUAGAUUAGACGAAUUUUUUAAUCAACAGUUCAAAAGUAGCAAACGAGUAUUCAGUUCUUUACAACCAAAGCAUCAAAAAGUAAACAAUAGUAGUUUUAAAAAGAGACAGAUGAAAUAUAGAUCUACCGGUGAAGGUCCGUGUAAUUUGAACCAGUCAACGAUAUCGGAUGCACGUCAUCAUAGACAUUGGCAAGGAGUAUUAGCCCAAGUGGCAGAUCUUCAGUUAGGAAGUUUAAGAUUCUGUUUACCAACAACAGGAACUGUUCUCGGUGGAACGAUGGAGCUUCACGGGUCUAACAUUAGUUUAGCUUGUUUCCAUGGUAGCAAUUUUAAGAGUAAAAGUUGGGCAUUGUUUUCAUUAAAAGAACCGUGUAUCAGUUUCGCUACAGAAGCUCAAGAAAUCCCAAACAUUGAGUCGCCAAAUACAUGCGAUGUACACGUCGUACAAACUUUGACCAUCAGUUUAGGCCAACAACAGGAGCAACAAACAAGACAUCAUUCGAUGGCUACUGUUUGUAGAUUAAGUUGCAGUCUUCUAUACCAGCCACAGUUUAAAUCAUUACAAGAAUGGUUUCAUUAUGCAUUUGCCAGUAGUGAAAUCGAUGCUGUAGAUCGAUUUCCGUGUGUUGAAAGAGAACGCACAGACAGUACAUCGGACAAUGCUAAUAUGCCUCGUGGAAGAAGUACAUCAACAACUUCUGGAAAACUGGAGGAUCACUCUCAUGCAAGAGAAGUUAUAUUUGCAUUGCCAUCGUUGCAAUUAUAUUUAAAAACUGAACAUCUUCAGACAGCUAAAACUCCAGAUGUUAUUGGAGCCCCAAAACAUAUUUUAUACAGUGAAAAACCAUUAGUCGAAUGUAGUUUUAUAACAGAAUUCGAGGACCACAUCUUCGUUACCGUGGAUGCAGAGGCGUUUUUCUUCCUACACGACUUAAUCACGUCGUACGUGAAAGAAAAAGUGAAUAUGGGUGCAAAUAGUCCGGAUCCCCAAGAAAGAAGAAAGGGAAGGGCAUCCGCUGCUAGUACCUCUGGUACAACAUCAACUACUUCAGACGAUGAAAAGAAACGCAAACAAUUUGAUCCAUCAGAAAUGUUCAUAAAAGAUUGGAGAUCGUACAGGUGUAAAACUUGGCACUUAGAACCAACUGUGAGAUUGCUGUCUUGGGCCGGUAAGAGCAUUGAACCGUAUGGUAUAGAUUACAUUUUGCAAAAGUUAGGAUUCUCUCAUGCUCGUACAACGAUACCAAAAUGGAUUCAACGAGGUUUCAUGGAUCCCUUAGACAAAUUGUUAGCCAUACUUAUGUUAAGAAUGGUGUUAGCUGUACGCGAGGAAUCACCAGAAGAACAGAAGGAAUAUAAACGCGAAAAAUAAUUAUACUUAAAAGAAAAUGGACGUUAACGCUAUUAGACAUUUAACCACUGAGAAAGUGAAGCAAACUCAGAAAUGAAAGCAUAUAAUAAUCGUCCAUAAUGAUAAAGUCCUGUCUAGAUAAUAAAGAAAGUCACAGGUUAGUAAAUGAGACUAACAAUAUACAUUCUCUAUAUUCUUCCUUGCAAUGCGCAAGACGAACGUUGAUUAACUCGAAUCGCAGACGAAGGAAGAAAUCAAGCUUAUUGUUGUGAAAAUUAUUUUCAAUCUUAAAAACGUGGAAUUAGUAAUCACGAAUCUUAAUCACUUUGAAGACAUAAUGGGACACAUUUUAGGGGACAUUUGUACGAAAUGUAAAUAGUAAAGUGCAACCUGUUAUCAAUUGUACAUUAAACUAUAGAUAAAGAUUUGUAAUCAUCGAUAUUUCGUUCGAACGUGUUAGAAGAUAUUGCACAGAACGCCAAGGAUACAUCCAGUACUAUUUAAAAUAUACAGUGUUCAUGCAGUUAUUAGCAAGUAUAUUUCUCAUAAAUGAUAAGUAUAUAGAAGAAAUGAAAGAGAGAAAAGUUUUACUGUUUUUUACAAUGAACAUAAUAGUGCAUUUAAAUUUUAUCAUGUAUACGACAUUUUUGUUCAUUUCUGAUCUUCUGUUACAUGGUUGCGCAUAGUUGAAUUUAUCUUCAUAUGAUCACGCUUCCAUAUGAUAUAUAAAAACAAAUAACAUUUUAUUUAAAGUUGAAGGUCACUUUUGUUUCUCAGAAAAUAUUGCAAACAUAAAAUAUUUAAAACCAUAAUUAUAGCCAUUAGAAAAAAGGAUAAAAUUGUUUUCUCUUUAAUUUUUUCCGUAUACUUGCUAUUUACGAGAAAAACGUUGAUGAGUAACUACUUGGAAACCCUGUGUAUAUACAUAUAUGCGUGAGUAUAUAUAUUACAGUGUUCAACGACGCCUCGUUAUAUUUUCAUAACAUAAUUAACGAGAAUUUCAGUUAGGAAACAAAAAUUCGGUUACGCCAUCGAAUUCGUGAUUCUACAUGAAAUGAUACCGCGAUUGACACGUAUUUCGUGUACAAUAUUUAGAUUCGAGUAUCUCGAUGUAACGUCGAGUAAAGUGGUUUCAGCUUUAGAAUUUUAUAAAUUACGUUCAUGUACGUAUUAUGUACAGUUAUUAGCGGUUUAAGAAGUCACACGCCUAGAUAAGGAAAUAAAAGAAAUUAAAUGAAACGUAUGUACGUCUUAUGUAUGAAACUACACAGAAGCAAAGCUUCUUGGUUUCGAAACUUUGCAGCAUUCAUAGCGCGUACCAUGCAGGGUGUUCUUCAGUUGCUUGGCCAGGAUUUACCAAUAUAUUCUAUUAGAUCAUACGAAUAAACAAAAUUUCACAGAAACGAUAAUUUCUUAAAUGUUUCUUUUGUGAUACAAAGUAGCCAAAAGUAAGAGAUAUGUUUCUUUUAGCUGUGAUAUAAAUGUGUGUAUAUACAGGGUUGGUAAAAAUCGUGUUAAGACUUAUAUAGAAAAAAAUAUGGAUUUGUUACUAAUGUAUGUACACCUGACUACACAAAUAAGUUUUCAAAAUACCACAAAAUUAGAAAAAACAUUAUUUGUAAACUAUACAAAUUCGAUAUAUCACAUUUAUUUCAAUAUGACGUAACAAAUAUAUAAAACACGUAAUCUUUAUAAAAUACCACAUAUUCUUUAUACAUGGCAGAUGUUGCAAUAUAUGUAUAUGGAUAUGUAAGUAUUAACAUGAUUUUCGAUGUACCAAUCCUACUCGAUGAAAAAGAAUUCUAGUUCAAAUUGAUUAUACAAAUUCUUUACUUUUUUUCUAGCAGAAUGUAAAUAAUGGUAGCUAUAUUGAGAAAAAGGAAACGAAGAUGCCAAUUAUGUUUAAAUAUAUUUUCACGUUUAAGAAGUUCAGCUUCAUUGUAUUUCAAAUACUUCCUCUGAAACGAAACUCAAAAGAGAAGCAUUUGUGACUUUGCAUUUCAAUAAAUAUUCUAUCAUGAAUAUAGUUAAUGAGAUAAAAUAUCACAGUUUGGCCACAGGAUUCAGGAAGACCGUGCAUAUACAAUAGGGAAGAUUUAUCUUUGUACGAACUGCUCACGCGAUUACGCUUACAUUCUUAA